CUGCUGAUGGCCUACAGCUGUAUAAGGUGCGCAUCCCGACCCACGUCAAGCACGGCGAAGACGUGAACCUGGCCUGCCUGUACGACCUGGAGGGCAAGGACCUCUACGCCAUCAAGUGGUACAAGGACGGAAAGGAGUUUUAUAGAUAUGAGCCAGCCACGGGACGGCCGAAGAAGAGCUUCCCGCAGCCGGGCAUCAAGGUCAAUCUGGCCGCCUCGAACGAGACGCACGUGCGGCUGCAGCAGACGACUCUGCGCUACUCGGGCCACUACAUGUGCGAAAUCUCCGCCGAGGCGCCCGACUUCGCCUCCGAGCAGGGCAACGGACGGGUGCACGUCUGUUCCCGGCCGCCGGCCGGCCACACCGGCGGCAAGACCCGCUACCAGGUGGGCGACCGGGUCAAGGUCAACUGCACCUCACACAGAAGCAUUCCUGCCGCCAAUCUGACCUGGUUCAUCAACAGCGAGGAGGCGGCGCUGGAGCACCUGAAGCUGUGGCCGCUCACCAUCCACAAGGGCGGUUUGAGUCGGUGA